AUGGAGAAGUUGGACCCGGAAAAGCUCAAGCUCGAAGAAUACAUAGCUAGAGGUUCUUUUGGAUCCGUGUACAAAGGCCUAUAUGAUGGACAAGAAGUAGCAGAUAUAAACAAGCUCAAUCGUAACGAUUUCAAGAGUGAUAGUUGCCUGGUGAGCGAAUAUCUGGGAGAUGGUACCUUGGCAUCAUAUCUUAACAAUCACCAAGAACUACAACUAGACGUUCUCAUCCAAUUUGCUCUAGACGUCGCAAGAGGGUUGUCUUACUUGCACUCUAAAAAAAUUGUUCAUGGCGACAUAAAGCUUGACAACUUGUUACUUGACAAUGAAACAAGAGUAAAGAUUAUAAAUUUUGGAGAUUCGAGACUCGAAGCUUCCAAUGGCGCGGAGAUGACUGAAGAUAUUGGAACCAAAGAAGGCUACAACAUUCCUGCCUCAGAGGUUUGGACUCUUGGCUCAAGUGGUCGUAAAGGUGAUGUUUUCGAUUUUGGCGCAUCUGUGUUGGGGGACAUGAUUUAUUUUCCUAAGAGGGCGGAACCCAAAAUCCUGUCACAAGAAAUGCCUGAAAGCUUUGGCCAAAUUGAUGGGAGAUUGCGUCAAGGAUGA